UUGACAUAGGUAGCCGUUGUUGUAUAAACAGCUCUGGGCAUUGCGUCAGCCUACCUUCCUAAAUAUGGUCACGGACGGCCUUCUUUUGACAACUUGGCACACGAUAAUUAAUGGAAGUUUACUUUGACCUCUAUUGCUCACAGUGCAUGUGGUCACUGGGGAACAUUUGUAUAGAGUGCGUUGACUAAAAAAAACUGAUUCCAUAUCACUUUGUGGCAUUUUUGGAGGGUUGUGGUUUAACAAUGAGGGGUGCAAUGCUGCUGGUUUUACUGGUCUGUCUGUGUGGGACAUAUGCGCAAACAGUACCUAAAACUGCUGCUCUGUCAACUGAUCAGAAAAUCACGGACAUAUGGGAUGAGCUGAAAGCUCUGAGAUUCAUUGUGGAGGACCAAACCGUGGACCUGACGAAUGCCAGAGCUGACCUGAGAACCCUGAUGCGGAAAAGCGAUGCUCUAGAGAACGAGAACAUAGAGAUACGAUCCAGAUUGACAGAUACUGAAAACAAUGUAGUAAAUAUUAGAGCAGAGCUGGAAGCGACUAAAGCUGAACAGCAGCUGGAGAAGAACAAACUGGCAGAGGCAAGGAAUCUCCUUCCUGAUUUGAACUCCAGACUGACAGACACUGGAAACAAUGUCAAAGCGGUAACAGCGCAGCUGGAAGCGACUAAAGCAGAACAGCAGCAGGAGAAGAACAAACUGGUGGAGGCUGAGAGAAAGAUUGCUGAAUUGACCUCCAGAUUGACAAAUACUGUAAACAAUGUGGAAGCGACAAAAGCAGAACAGCAGCAGGAGAAGAACAAACUGCUGGUGGCUGAGAGAAAGAUUUCUGAAUUGACCUCCAGAUUGACAAAUACUGAAAACAAUGGGGAAGCGACUAAAGCUGAACAGCAGCUGGAGAAGAACAAAAUGGUGGAGGCUGACAGAAAGAUUUCUGUUAUAGACUCCAGACUGACAGACAGUAGAAACAUUGUGGUAACGACUGCAGCGGAGCUGGAUGCGACUAAAGCUGAACAGCAGCAGGAGAAGAACAAACUGGCGGAGGCCGAGAGAAAGAUUGCUGAUGUGAACUCCAGACUGACAGAUGCUGGAAACAAUGUCAAAGCGGUUACAGCGCAGCUGGAAGCGACUAAAGCUGAACAGCAGCUUGAGAAGAACAAACUGGUGGAGGCUGAGAGACAGAUUUCUGUUUUAUCAGACAACUUGGCAAGACUAGUUUCCAGAGUGACAACCUAUGCGGGGGGCGCACAGAAUCAGAACGACGUGGCGAAUUCUCUGAUUGAACAGAUGGCUAUUUGUAAGACUAAACAACAAUCCUUUGGGCACAGAUUGGAUGAUAUGCAACGGACAACUUCAGUAACAGCAGCAGAACUGGCAACCCUGGUAUCCAAAGUGGCAACCUGUGAGCGGGAGGCACAGAAUCAAAAGGAAGCGGUGAAUGCUAUCAAGGAAGAGCUGGACAUUUGUAAGACUAAACAACAGUCCUUUGGGAACAGAUUGGAUGAUAUGCAAAGGACACCUACAGUAACAGCAGGAGAACUGGUAACCCUGGUAUCCAAAGUGAAAACCAGCGAGUGGGAGGCACAGAAUCAGAAGCAGGCGGUGAAUGCUCUCAGGGAAGAGCUGUCUGUUUGUAGGACUAAACAACAGUCCAUUGGGAACAGAUUGGAUGAUAUGCAAAGGAAAACUGCAGUAACAGAAGCACAACUGGAAAGCCUGGUUUCCAAAGUGGCAACCAGUGAUAGGGAUGCUGAGAAUUAUAAGAGGGAGGUGAAUGCUCUUUUUAAGGAGCUGGACACUUGUAAGCCGAAACAACCAACCAUUGGUGACAGGUUGGAUGAGAUGCCACAGCCAAUUACAGGCGCUCCGAAGGUGGCUUUCUCCGCUGGCUUGACCACUUCAGGAAACAUUGGACCAUUCACUACUGAAACUACACUCGUCUACGGAAGAGUCUUCACAAACAUUGGCGGGGCUUACAACCCCGAGACAGGCAUCUUCACGGCACCUUUCAAGGGAGUUUACUAUUUCAGAUGCACUGCCUUCAACAACCGGAAAGGACAGUGGAUGGCGGUGAAUUUAUACCACAAUCAUGAGAUUAUUAUGCAUAAUUCAGAGGUAGCUAAUGGUCAUACCACUAUUGCAAAUUCAUUAAUUUUACAGCUGGAACAGGGAAGUGUGGUCUAUAUGUGUCUCCAAAAAAACUGUGGGCUUUAUGACGAUUCUACGACCUGGAACACCUUCAGUGGUUUUCUGCUUUUUACUCUGUAACUUUUCAAAUUUAGUUGAUCUCCACCAAGACCACGAGGACUUUUUCUUCAGGAUUUGUGAAAAUUGUCCUUGGUGUCUCAAAAUGAUGAGGCCAUUGACAGACAAUGGAGACACAAGCAGAUGAAACUUUAGUUUCUCAGACUCCUCUAAUGUAAAACUGUCAUGCAUAGGAAUGACAUAAACCGUAUUUGUAUGCUUCACCCAGUAAUUCUGCUGCCUUUGUCAACUUAAGAUGUGAUAUUGAUAGCAUGGUUGGAAUGACUUUUUAUCUCAAUGCAAUAUAAAGAAACUUGCUUUUAAUCUCUUUAAAAAGAACCGGUAUUGUAUUUCCAACAAAUGCAAUAAUUUGGUUUUUAUCACGGGCCAAGUUGUGUUAAAAAUGCCAAAGAGUCCGGUAUGAGCUGCAAGAGCAAGAUGGAACCAUGUUUUUCAAAUAUUUAUAACACAAUGUUAAGUUGCAAUACCCUCGCAUUCCGUAUGUUUAUUAAACUGAAUUAAUGAAAAUGUUUGCAGUCAUAAAGGCAAGUUAUCACAGCU